UCUGCUGGAGGAGUCAGGACAGCCUGGUCGGUGCCAAGGAGGAGUAGGCGUAGACUUCCUUUAAACAUUUUUCUUCGCUUUGAAACAAACCUAGUUUGGCGCAAGCUUUGCUCUUACAUUUUUCGUUGUUUUGUGUUCCUGUUUUUGCCUUCAAUAGCAGAGAAAAGUUUUCCUUUUUUAUUUUGAGACAUCUAAGCUUCUGCUGACAUGGACUGGGGAACAAGUCUGUGGGACCAGAAUGAUGUCAUCGACAAACACACUCAGUCUGGCCUUGACUUGCUGGAGCGUUACAUAAAGUUUGUAAAGGAGCGGACGGAGAUAGAACAGGGCUACGCCAAGCAGCUCAGGAAUUUGACGAAGAAGUACUCCAAACGAGGAGGCAAAGAGGAGCAGGAGUGCAAGUUCAGCAAUCACGCGUCUUUCCAGGAGGUCCUGAAUGAGCUGGGUGACUAUGCAGGCCAACGGGAGCUUGUUGCUGAGAACAUGUCGGCCAACAUCUGCGAUAAGCUUAGCAAAUAUCUCCAGGACCUCAAACAGGAACGCAAAACAUACCUUUCUGACGCCAAGAAGGCCCAGCAGAAUCUCGAGAGCAGCUUCAAACACCUAGAAAUUAUUAAAAAGCGCUUUGCCAAGGAGUGGGCGGAGGCAGACAAAGCCACACAGCAGGCAGAGAAAACAGAGAACGACGCUAAUGCCACCAAAAUUGAAGUUGAUAAAGCCAAGAACCAUGCUCUUGCUCGUACGCGUGCAGCAGAAGAAUUCAGGAACAACUAUGCAGCAGAACUCCAGAAAUACAACAAAGAACAAAAGUCCUUCUACUACACAGAGAUACCACAGAUCUACAACAAACUCCAAGACAUGGACGAGCGGAGGAUCCAGCAGCUGGCAGAAGGUUACUGCCUGUUUUCACACAUUGAAACGGAGGUUCUGCCAAUCAUCUCCAAGUGUCUGGAGGGAAUUGCUGCUGCAGGAACAAAAAUUGAUCACAAAAAGGACUCAAAACUUUUAAUAGAGCUACACAAGUCUGGCUUUGACAGACCCGCCGAUGUGGAGUUUGAGGACUACUCCCAGGGCAUCAAACCAUCAAACUCAGAAUCUACCCUCAACCCUCUGAAAGGACGCAAGCACAAGAUCUUCAAGAAGCAAAAGUCUCCUCCUGCAGAGGAUUUCUCCCACCUUCCUCCAGAACAGAGGAAGAAAAAGCUGCAGGCAAAGAUUGAUGACAUCACCAAAGAACUGACCAAGGAAAAGGACUCAGGCGAGGCUCUGGAGAAGAUGAGGGGUGUGUAUGAGCAGAAUCCACAGAUGGGCGACCCCUCCUGCUUGGAGCCCCAAAUCACACAGACAAGCCAGAACAUCGGCCGCCUGAGAGGGGAACUGGCUAAAUAUGAGAUGUGGUUAUCAGAGGCGGUGGGUGGAGAAGACUCCUCACACAAUAUCACCAACAAUAACAGUCAGUCUGGCAUAACAGCCACACAGAAUUCGUCAUCUAACCUCUACGCAGAGUUUGAUGACGAGUUUGAUGACAUCGAAAGUCCCGUUGGUCAAUGCACUGCUCUCUACACCUUCGCAGCCAACAGCGAGGGCACCAUUUCUAUUACUGAAGGGGAGCUGCUGACUAUCAUGGAGGAGGAUAAAGGAGAUGGAUGGAUGAGAGUCCUCAGAGGCAGUGGAGAGGAGGGCUACAUACCAACAUCAUAUGUCAGACUCACACCUUAGUUUAGUUCCAUCCCAGAGUUUUUUUCUGCAAGGUCAAAGAUCUAGUGGUGAACACAAAGGCAUGGGAGAUGAUUGCAGCUGCCCUCAACCUGUGUUUCAUCGCUUCCAGAGAUGGUUACAGUGAAAUGAAUAUGAGUGGGUAUUAUUCACUUAUAUUGCAGUAUAUUACACUCCAGAUCUCUGCUCUCUGUGACAUGAAAUGCUUCCUCAAUAUGCAGAUUACCAGCCUGGUGUGGUCCUUAUCAGUUUAAGUGCAUUUAAAACUUAGAAAUGACAGAUCUAGUGAAUGUUUACCUUAAUUUUUGUCACACUGAUGAUGUAAGAGCUGUUAUAUAGAACCUUAUUAAUGUAUUCAUUCCAUUUGGAUUUUCUAUUUUUUUGUUUGAUUAAAACCACAAACCUCAAA